CCGUUAUUUCAUCUUUUUGCCGGGUACUGUUCAUGCGUACUGUUAAUUCGUUGUCGGUUAAUUUGUAAUUACUGUUGAUUUAUUUGCUGAAAUAUUACUGUAGCGUAGUUUUUUUUAGAAAAUUUCUUUCCAAGAUGAGUAAGGCACAACCUCCUGAAUUAAAACGCUAUAUGGAUAAGAAACUUCAUUUGAAAUUGAAUGGUGGAAGGCGUAUUGUUGGAAUUCUUCGAGGUUUUGAUCCUUUUAUGAACCUUGUUAUUGAUGAAGCUAUGGAGAAAACUAAGGAUGGAGGUCAAAAUGCGAUUGGGAUGAUUGUUAUUCGUGGCAACAGCAUUGUUCUUCUGGAAGCAUUAGAACGUGUAACUAAUUGACACUAAUUCAUACUAUAAGUCAUCUUGUAAAAAUACAUUUUCCAUUUUCAGUUUGUUAAAGAUGCACUCAUAUUUACGCUUUUUUAUAUGUAUGUGAUUGUACUUUUUUUUUCAUUUUGAAAAUUAAACAUUAACAUAUUGAUACUAA